AAAGAUGAGGAACAUGUUGACCCAGCAUUGAUGCCUCCAUCACCUGAAGAAAGAAGCCAUGCUUCAGCUGAAACCCUCGGUCCAGUCAACUCCUCCAAAACAGAGGAAGAGAACAAUGCUGCCUUUGAUCUGGCUGAUUUCCUUCAAAAGGGCAUUCUGGAGCGGCGCAGUACUACAGGAGGGCCAUCAAAGAAGCUGGGGGUCUGCUUUCAGAAUUUUACAGUCAAAGGAACCAUGUCCUCUAAUUCUAAAGUCAGAACUGUGCCCACUGCAGUUCUUGGAACAUUUGGACCCGAUCUGUACCAUAUCAUCUCCAACAUGAUACCUGCCUUGAAGAUCGGAUCAGUUCCAACUCACGACCUAAUACACAGCUUCACCGGGAUCGUUAACGCUGGAGAGAUGAUGCUAGUUCUUGGACGACCAGGGGCAGGAUGCUCAACGUUUCUGAAGUCGAUAGCUAAUGAUCGAGAAAGUUAUGCUGCGGUUGAGGGGGAUGUGUACUACGGACAACUAUCGGCAGAGCAACAAAGAAAGAACUACCGUGGUGAAGUGGUGUAUAACGAAGAAGACGAUCGUCACUUUCCAACCCUGACAGUCUCACAAACCCUGAAACUGGCACUACUCAACAAGACGAGGAAAAGGGAUAGAUGGAGCAUACCGACUCUGCUUGCUUCAUUUCUGGAAGUGCUCGGAAUGCCACAUGUGAAAGAGACAGUUGUUGGAAAUGAAUUUGUUCGAGGUGUUUCAGGAGGUGAGAGAAAACGAGUUAGUAUUGCAGAGACCAUGGCAACAAAGGCAUCAGUGGUGUGCUGGGACAACUCAACCCGUGGCCUAGAUGCCAAUACUGCGCUGGAAUUUGCGCGCGCCCUACGAACAAUGACCGAUAUCAGUCAUCGAACAACACUGGUGACUUUGUACCAAGCCGGAGAGUCUCUUUACGAGCUCAUGGAUAAGGUUCUACUCAUUGAGGAAGGUCGGAUGCUCUAUCAAGGACCUGCUUCGGAAGCCAAGGUAUACUUUGAAGAUUUGGGAUUCCUGUGCCACCCAAGACAGACAACCGCAGACUUCUUGACAUCAGUAUGUGAUGUUAGUGCUCGACAGUUUCAACCAGGUCGAGAGGAAACUACGCCGAAAACUGCCGCAGAAUUAGAGGAAGCAUUUCAGCUAAGCUCGCAUUACAAAAAGGUUCUUGACGAUGUUGAGACGUACAAAACGACGAAAGAAACACAAAUGGAGCAUCACCAUCGAUUUGAAAAAACCGUCCAUUCCUCCAAAAGCAAGUCUGUUUCCAAGCAAUCGGUGUGGACUGUUUCAUUCCUAAAACAAGUCUUAACGUGCACUAAGCGUGAGGCAUGGCUAGUCUGGGGAGACAAAGCAUCACUUGUGACCAAAAUUUUCACCAUCGUGGCUAACAGUCUCAUUGUCGGCUCCUUGUUCUACGGAAAACUUCCAGACACUAGCUCGGCCUUCACCAGAGGCAUCUCCGGUCGGCCAGUUAUCAACCGUCAUACACAGUAUGCAUUUUAUCGACCUUCUGCAGUGGUCAUUGCCAGGGUGCUUCUGGACCUGGUGCUUGUUUUACCAAUGACGAUUCUCUUUGGAAUUGUUGUGUAUUUCUUAGCCCAGCUAGAUGUGGAUGCGGGAAAAUUUUUCAUUUACUUGUUGUUUGUCUACACUGCCACCAUCUGCCUGACAGCUCUCUACCGCAUGUUUGCAGCGCUUUCGCCUACCAUCGAUGAUGCAGUCAGAUUUGGAGGUACCGCAUUGAACAUUUUGAUCAUCUACUCUGGUUAUGUCGUGUCCAAGCCGGACCUCCUCAAGAAUUCGAUUUGGUUUGGCUGGCUAUAUUAUCUCAAUCCCGUUGCCUAUGGAUUUGAAGCUCUCUUGACAAACGAACUAUCCAACCGUCAGAUGGAGUGUUCACAAUCCAAUUUAGUGCCUCAGGGUCCUAAUACGUCUCCAGAGUACCAAGGAUGUAGCCUACCUGGAUCUCAUCUUGGCAGUACGGAAGUUUCAGGAGCUGAUUAUCUGGCUGCCUCAUUGUCCUACUACCGAAAACAUUUAUGGCCUUCAUUUGGAGUCAUCAUCGCUUACACAGUUCUUUACAUUCUUAUCACCGCCAUUGCAAGCGAAACCUUGAAGUUUCGUGGAAAUGGAGGAGGGGCUCUGGUUUUCAAAAGCAAGCGCCAGGAAGACGUGCAACAGCCUUCUCUCGACGAUGCAGACCUGGAAGCAUCUGAAAAAUCCCCAGAGUCUGCGAAUUCGAAAACCGACCGCAUCUUCAGUUUUGAAGAUAUUACAUACGAUGUUUCGUAUGGUGAUGGAACUCGAAGGCUCCUGAAUGGAAUCACCGGUUAUGUGAAGCCUGGUAGCAUGAUAGCCCUGAUGGGAUCGUCGGGCGCAGGUAAGACCACUUUGCUUAACACUCUCUCCCAGAGACAAAAAACCGGCGUGAUCAAUGGUAAAAUGCUGGUCAACGGAUUGCCCUUGCCUUCUGAUUUUAAGCGAAUGGCUGGGUUCUGUGAACAAAUGGACCUCCACGACGAAUCAUCGACAAUCCUUGAGGCUUUCGAAUUCUCAGCGCUCCUGCGCCAAGCAAGGGAUAUUCCUAAAUCGGAAAAGCUGAGCUACGCUAGGAAAAUCCUAGGUCUCUUGGAACUAGCUGGUAUUCAGGAUGCUCUUAUUUCAUCAUUAUCCGUUGAGCAGAAGAAGAGGGUCACUAUCGGAGUUGAAUUGGCUGCGAAGCCGGAUCUCCUGGUUUUCCUUGACGAGCCAACCAGCGGUCUCGACAGUCAAGCCGCUGCCUCAAUUGUUCGAUUCCUGAGGAAGCUUUGUAAUGAUGGGCAAGCGAUUAUCUGCACAAUUCACCAGCCAUCAUCGCAGCUUCUAGAGCAGUUCGAUGGGAUUCUAGCGCUUGGCCCAGGAGGGAAUACACUAUAUAACGGACCUGUGGGGCAGAAUGGGUCAGUUGUGGUGCAAUACUUCGCCAAGAGGGGCUUUUCCUGUCCCCCAGCAAAAAAUGUUGCUGAAUUCGUUCUCGAAACGGCAAUGCAGCCCUCCAUGUUGAAUGGCAAAUUGAUCCACUGGGGCGAGGAAUGGAAGGUUUCAGAAGAGGCCAGGCGCAUUCGAAGGGAAAUCGAAGCUUUCGGUGUCUCGCAACCUCAACAAUCGACUCAAAAAUCUACGUCCGAAUAUGCAAUGCCUGUAGUCUAUCAAUCCUGGCUACUUACACGGCGACUAUUCAUUCAGUACUGGCGCGAUCCAUCAUACUAUUAUAGCAGGAUUUUCGUCAACGUGAUUUUGGGAAUCUUCAACGGUUUUACAUUCUGGCAACUGGGAACAAACGUUGCAAGCAUGCAGAACCGUAUGUUUACCGUCGCUCUAAUUGCUCUGAUUCCCCCUGUUAUUGUCAACAGCGUGGUUCCAAAAUUCUACCAGAAUCGUGCAUUAUGGGAGACUCGAGAGCUGCCCAGUCGCAUAUAUGGGUAUGUGGCUUUCUGUACUGCCAAUGUAGUUUGCGAAGUUCCGAUUGCCAUUAUCUCUGGUACUAUCUACUGGCUGCUUUGGUACUUCCCAGUCGGAUUCUCGUCCUCUGUUUCAAUUUCCGGCUAUGUUUAUCUCAUGACUAUUCUCUUCUCGUUAUUCCAAGCCAGUUGGGGUCAAUGGAUUUGCGCGUUCGCUCCUUCAUAUACCGUUGUGUCAAAUCUCCUUCCCUUUUUCUUCGUGAUGGUGAAUCUCUUCAAUGGAGUCUUCGUUCCAUACAAUGAUUUCCCGGUGUUUUGGAAAUAUUGGAUGUACUACGUCAAUCCCAUUAUGUGGUGGAUUCGUGGAGUACUUUCCGCCGUCCUCCCUGGAAGUCCAGUUAGGUGUGCUGACUCGGAGCUUGCCAAUUUCAACCCACCACCUGGAAUGACCUGCGCAGAGUAUGCCGGUAAUUUUGUCUCUGAAAUCGCAAAUGCAGGAUACCUUACCUCACCCGACGCCACCUUCGAUUGUGGAUAUUGUCCAUACAAAGAUGGACAAGAAUACAUGAAGACGCUCAAUGUCCGCGUGGGUGAAAAGUGGCAAUGCUUUUGCAUCUUCCUUGCUUUUGUAAUCGUCAAUUGGGCCCUGAUUUACUUCUUCAUAUACACCGUGCGGAUUCGUCGAUGGAGCUUCGGAAUGGGCCUCCUCUUCAGUGGUAUCCAAGGCAUUUCGAGGUUUAUGAGUCGUGUGUUCACUAAAGCUGAAAAGAACGACAAGUCGGCGGUGUGA